GUGGAACGCGCCGGGUCCCGGAGCCGGCGGCCUAAGGAAUGGACGAGACGAGCCCAUUAGUGUCCCCGGAGCGGGGCCAACCCCCGGACUACACCUUUCCGUCCGGCUCGGGCGCUCACUUUCCGCAGGUACCGGGGGGCGCGGUGAGAGUGGCGGCGGCGGCCGGCCCGGUCCCCUCUCCGCCGGGCUCGCCAGGCCACGACCGGGAGCGGCAGCCACUGUUGGAUCGGGCCCGGGGUGCGGCGGCCCAGGGCCAGAACCAAACCGUGGCCGCUCAGGUCCAAGCCUUGGCUGCCCAGGCCGCGGCAGCUGCGCACGCCGUUCAGGCUCCCCGCGAACGGAAUGAGUUUCCCGAGGACCCGGAGUUUGAGGCGGUGGUGCGACAGGCCGAGGUGGCCAUCGAGCGCUGCAUCUUCCCUGAGCGCAUCUACCAAGGCUCCAGCGGCAGCUACUUCGUCAAGGACCCUCAGGGGAAGAUCAUCGCUGUCUUCAAACCCAAGAAUGAAGAGCCAUAUGGGCACCUUAAUCCUAAGUGGACCAAGUGGCUGCAGAAGCUGUGCUGUCCCUGCUGCUUUGGCCGUGAUUGCCUUGUCCUCAACCAGGGCUAUCUCUCAGAGGCAGGGGCCAGCCUGGUGGACCAAAAACUGGAACUCAACAUUGUACCCCGUACAAAGGUAGUACACAUGGCCAGUGAGACCUUCAACUAUAGUGCCAUUGACCGAGUGAAGUCCAGGGGCAAGCGGCUUGCACUAGAGAAAGUGCCAAAAGUUGGGCAGCGGUUUAACCGCAUUGGGCUACCGCCAAAGGUUGGUUCAUUCCAGCUCUUUGUUGAAGGCUACAAAGAUGCAGAUUACUGGCUACGGCGAUUUGAGGCAGAACCUCUCCCUGAGAACACUAACCGGCAGCUACUGCUGCAGUUUGAACGGUUGGUGGUGCUGGAUUACAUCAUCCGCAACACUGAUCGGGGCAAUGACAACUGGCUGAUUAAAUAUGAAUAUCCAAUGGAUAGUUCUGGCUCUCGGGACUCAGACUGGGUGGUGGUGAAGGAACCUGUUAUCAAGGUGGCUGCCAUUGACAAUGGGCUGGCUUUCCCCCUGAAGCAUCCUGACUCCUGGAGGGCAUAUCCUUUUUACUGGGCCUGGUUGCCCCAGGCCAAAGUUCCAUUCUCUCAGGAGAUCAAAGAUCUGAUUCUUCCAAAGAUAUCGGACCCUAACUUCGUCAAGGACUUGGAGGAGGACCUGUAUGAACUCUUCAAGAAAGAUCCUGGUUUUGACAGGGGACAGUUCCAUAAGCAGAUUGCUGUCAUGCGGGGACAGAUCCUAAAUCUGACUCAGGCCUUGAAAGACAACAAGAGUCCCCUGCACCUGGUCCAGAUGCCACCUGUGAUUGUUGAGACGGCCCGUUCCCACCAACGGUCUGCUAGCGAGUCCUACACACAGAGCUUUCAGAGUCGGAAGCCCUUCUUUUCGUGGUGGUAGCCCAUGAGAAGACAGGGGCGUGUUGUGCGAGGCUUGGGCUGGGAGGAAGCCUGGGGAGCAGGUUGCAAGAAAAGCCAGAGAAGCCGAUAGAGAGAAGCGCCCUUAAGAGCCCUCCCCUGCUGCUCACCACCCCCUCAGGGCUUUCCCAUGCACAGGGAGAAGCGCAGAGAGAGGGGCAGUGAGUGCUGGUGGGCCCUCCUGGGUGCCGGGAAGGACUGAAGCUAAUGCAAGGAGUCCAGGUGCCCGGGAGGGAGCAUCUGUCUUCCAGCAACUCCUGCGGGCAGGCUGGGAAAUUCCCUUUCCUCCCUGACAUCUUGAUCUGUUGCAAUUCCUCAUUAUAUUCUGCAUCAGAAACAAACAACAAAAACAUAUUUAAAUUAUUAGCAAAACCCAGGCAGAAUCCCACAUCCUUUCAUUGUCAGAAACCUCAAAUCCAGACCUAGAUUAGCAUGAACCCAGAUAUUCAGGUGCCUCGCAGUUCCUUACUCCCGGGGACCAAGGCAGCUGGGUAACCCGCAGUGUUGGGGCAGGCAGAAGCCACAGUUAUCUUUUGAGAUUUCGCCAAGUCUUCUCCUCCCACCAGCGCAGUAGGCUGACUAAAAACCUUCAAAUGUGAUUCCCAUGGCAGAAGUACUUUUGCUCUAGAUCUCCUAGUAGCUCUGUGUAUGAUCCUAUUGAUCAGCUCUGCUCUGUGCUCUGCUAGGGAGCCAACUGCUCUAGUGCAGGCCUACAGUUUGCCUGUCUCUCAAGCAGAGGCAGGAGGGAGGAUGUGGACUCCCCAGCAUGUACAAGUGAUUCAUGUAGGCUGAAUGUGUGCUGGGAGCUGUAAUAGGUCUAUGGGCAAACUUACCCCAGCCCUGCUCCCUGAGUCCCUGGCCCUACCCACAAAUGAUAGACUCCUCCCAGUCCUUUAAUUUGUUUGUUAUUUUAGAUGUUUCUUUUCUCAACUCUUUGACUUAGGGGUUCAGUUGAGUUCUGGAGUGGGCCUCAGCUCAUAAGAGGACAGGAUAUUAGGUCCUUGGACUUCUUUUUACGCUACCACUGCUGCUUGGUGGGGGUAACAGGACUUGUGUUCUGCCUCCUGAUUGGUAGCUGCCUUUUGCUCCCUGACUUUUUUUGUUCCAGGCCAAUUUUUCUAUGGUUUCUUGAGAAUGGUGGGGCCCAAAGGAGAGAGGCCUUCAAACUGUUCCCCAAUGCCUGUCCAGCUCAGUGUGCUUCCUGCUUCCAUGUAUCUUGUCCUCAGCUAUCCCCUCGCCAGCUGUCCAGACCCUUUCUACACCAAAGCAAAGGGGGGCCUCGAGAGGGAGCAAAGAGGAUGCCAUCUGUGGCUCCGGGACAGCCCGAUGCUGCUGCACACUUUGUUGCUGGACCCCUGCGGAUUGGUAAAUCAGGCUUGGAAAGAAACUAGCUUGAAGGUUUGAAAAACAACCAAAGAAUGGGAGCGCGGACGGUGGCUGUGUGCCCUCUGCUUGCCCAGCUCCCACCAUCCAGGCGGCAAAGCAGUGAUGUGCAGCCUCCUUGUCAGCUGGCCAGGCUGCCCCUUCUAUUCCAGCUCCUAGGAGCCAGCUCCCCCCGGGCUUCCAUCCAGCUGACAGGAAGAGUCUCUAAAAGCUGGAUGUGCGUGCCCUGUGGAUGAAGGCGCAACUCCCCUGCUGGCCCCAGCCCUGACAAUCCGUCAGCCGACCUGGACACUAGCCUUGGGGACCAUGUUUGUGAGAAUGUGCUCUCAGACCGCAGGAGCAGCGCAGGCCUCCCAGGGGCCAGUAGGGGGCCCAGGUGUGUUUAGCUCUCCACAGACAUCUUGGUAUAAACGUGGUAAAGCUCCCUGCCUCGAUGUCAGGGGAGCCUGAGGAGUCUAAAGAGCCUGGCGGCUGCCCCCAGCCAAUCAGAGCUGCACAUUGCCCUCGUCCAGACCAGCUCUGUGAGAAGGAAACUGGGUCCAGUGUAAGGGGACUGGUCCCAGUCCUGGCAGGCAAGAGAGUGGCGGUGGUGGGGGGAUCCUUUCCUGGCCUCUGUCUGUUCUCCUUGGAGCCUGUACUCAGGUUGCCUUGAAUGUGGACUUGGGUAGAGCCAGGAACCCUGAGUGCUUCUGGGUGGCACUCAAGGAAUGGCCCAGCUCUCUGCCAGCCAUAGGCCCUGUCCUCCAGUGUCAGGGAGUAGAGGCUGGGCUGUGAGAGUCCUGCUGCCUCUGUAUUGUUCUAAUGCACUGUAGAAAUUGUAUGUAAUGUAUUUAAAUCAAUGCAAAUGUAAGAAUAACAAGUCCAAUUCU